UCCCGGUUUAUAAAACCAAAUUUAAACUCUUUGGCCGGCCCUCUUUCGGUGAGUCCCUCCGGCCUCCACUAAAACCCCUUAUUCUCUCGCCUGGGAGAUGCCUUCCAUGGCUACCGGAGACAGAAGAAACUUCAAUCCCAACAGCAAUGGCACCAACAAUCAUCCUCAAUUCGGACCUAAACUCCUUAACGGCGAUCAGAAAUCUGACUCUUUUGCCAGGAGACAGAAGAUUGAGCAACAGAGAAGAUCUUUGCCUAUUGCUUCAGUUGAGAAAAGACUUGUUGAGGAGGUCAGGAAAAAUGAUACCUUGAUAAUUGUUGGUGAAACCGGAAGCGGGAAGACCACACAGUUGCCCCAGUACUUGUUCAAUGGAGGGUUUUGUCGCGAUGGAGGAACAAUUGGAAUCACUCAACCAAGACGUGUUGCUGCAGUAACUGUUGCAAAACGUGUAGCUGAAGAAUGUGGUGUUGAGUUGGGCCAAAAAGUUGGAUACUCCAUUAGGUUUGAAGACAUGACCUCUACCUCAACAAGAAUCAAAUACAUGACAGACGGAUUGCUAUUGAGGGAAGCACUUUUGGACCCUUAUCUCUCAAGAUACUCAGUUAUAGUUGUUGAUGAAGCUCAUGAGAGAACAGUGCAGACAGAUGUGCUUUUAGGUUUGCUGAAAGAUGUACAAAAGAAGAGAUCUCAAAAAACUUUUAGUGAAUCUAAUAACAAUGGAACACUGGUGAAGGAAGAAAAUAAUGGUGAAGGUGAAGGUAGCAGUGUUAGUGUUGUGAAGCCACAUUUAGUAAGAAAGUUAAAUCCAUUAAAGUUAAUCAUUAUGUCUGCUAGUUUGGAUGCACGAGGGUUUUCAGAGUAUUUUGGUGGUGCAAAAGCUGUUCAUGUUCAGGGGCGGCAGUUUCCAGUGGAUAUUCUGUACACCACCCAACCUGAGACAGAUUGUUUGGAUGCAGCUUUGGUUACCAUAUUUCAGAUACAUUUGGAGGAGGGGCCCGGUGAUAUACUUGUAUUUCUGUCUGGGCAAGAAGAGAUUGAGUCUAUUGAGGGUCUUGUGCGUGAGAAUCUUAAGAAAUUACCUGAAGCCAAUCAGAAAAUCUUAAUCUUGCCAUUGUUCUCUUCUCUUCCAUCAGAGAAGCAAAUGAAAGUUUUUGCAGCUGCUCCUGUUGGAUUCAGAAAGGUGAUACUGGCAACUAACAUUGCUGAAACAUCUGUGACAAUACCUGGAAUUAAAUAUGUUAUUGAUCCUGGAUUGGUGAAAGUGAGGAGUUACUCUCCUGAUAGUGGCAUUGAAUCUCUAAUUGUUGUUAAAACUUCAAAAGCUCAAGCUCUUCAAAGGAGUGGGCGUGCAGGGCGUGAAGGAGCUGGGAAAUGCUUCCGUCUUUAUCCAGAGAGCAGAUUUGAGGGACUUGAUGAUUCCACAAUACCAGAGAUCAAAAGAUGCAACCUUUCUAAUGUUAUUUUGCAGCUUAGUGCUCUUGGUGUUGAUGAUAUACUUGGGUUUGACUUCAUGGAGAAACCCGAUAGGAUGACUGUGAUUAGAUCACUGGAGUUAUUGUACUUGCUAGGUGCUUUAACAGAUGAAAAGAAAUUAUCAGAUCCAAUUGGACACCAAAUGGCACGUCUUCCAUUAGAACCAAAUGAUUCAAAGGCUCUUAUUCUUGCCUCUCAGUUUGAUUGCUUGGAAGAAAUGUUAAUAGUUGUUGCAAUGCUAUCAGUUGAAUCCAUCUUUUAUGCUCCUCGUGACAAGUUAGAAGAGUCGCGAACAGUUAUUAAAUCAUUCUCGAGCCCCGAGGGAGACCAUCUUACUUUACUUAAUGUUUAUCGUGCUUCUCUUGAGUUUUUAGAGAAGAACAAAAUGGAGAAUAGUAAAGAAAAAGCUGAAAAGAAUCUGAGGAAAUGGUGCAAGGAUAACUUCAUUAAUAGUCGUUCCUUAAAGCAUGCUCGUGACAUUUACAAUCAAAUCCGGGAAAAUGUUGAACGAAUGGGGCUUAAGAUAAGUUCAUGUGGAGAUGACAUGGUUCCACUCCGUAGAUGUCUUGCUGCUUCUUAUUUCCUGAAUGCAGCCCUGAAGCAACCUGAUGGAACCUACAGGGUUUUGGCAAAUGGUCAGAUUGCGGAGAUUCACCCGACUUCUGUUCUACGACGUGCAAAAUCAGAGUGCAUAAUAUUUUACAAUCUUGUUCAAACUACGCGUAAUUAUGUCCGCAAUCUUCUUCCCCAACUUAGUAGAUUCUCACGGCCGAUUCCAACGGAGAUUGAUUCAGGUGUUCUUCCUACUCCGAGGCGCAAGUUUGUUAACACCGUGAGGGGUUCAGAUUUCCCGGAAAUUAGUCUUGAUGAUCUAGCAAUUGAGUUUUUCUCGGGGAAGGGUAACAACUCUGAGGUAGAUGAUGAGAGUGGAAGCAGUAGAAGCACCCGGCUUGUUCGUGUGAAGUCUGAGAUUAGUCCUGAACUGGGUUCGUCUCAAAGAGUCGUGCAACAUGCUGAGAUUAGUUCUGCAACACCUUCAUCUCAAAGGCGUGGGAGGUCUGUGUCGAGGCGUAACGAUGGUACUCAUUCUAAUGCUGGUGGUACUACUAGGGCUUUUCCAAAUGUUGAUUCAAGGAGGAGGCGGUCUGUAUCAGAUGCACAGUAUCAGAUUAGUGAUUCCGAGCCUACAACGAGAAGGGAAGUAGUCGAGUGGAGCACCGAAGCUACCCCCUUCCUCCGUGACGAUUGGUCGAGGAACACCACCCAAACACCCCUGACUCCUUCACUAGCGACGAUGAGAAAGGAAGCCACCACGGGCCUACCGGAGACAUCGUCUGCAGCCCCUCCUAUUGAAGAAAAAUCACCCAAAUGCUUCCCAUGCCCACUGAUGUCGAUAGAUCGAAGACAACAACCCCCGAUGAGGUUUUGUUGUUGGUUGAUUUAUGUUUGUUGGGUUUGUUGGUUGAUUUAUGUUUGCUUUGAUGAGACGUCGACUGCAGACCCUUCACUAACAUAUGUUUCCAAUUUCUUCCCUGUUAAAUUCAAGAACUGGAAAGCUUUCGACUUUCACUGGUUGAGAGAUGUGUGA